GAGCCCCGCGUCAGUCGCGUCGCAGACCGAGUGCCGGCCGGACGUCGGCAGCCAGUGAGUGAAGUGAGUGCAGUGCACGCCGCUCCCGCGGGUCGUCGACCGCGAGUAUGAGCGCUCGCCAACGUCGCCUCCCGACUCCGAUUUCACCGGGAUCUGCUUCCAGUCGCCACCUCUAAGGCGAUGCGAGGGUGGUGCAUGCGGUGGUGGGGCGGCGGGUCUCGCCGCACGCUGCGCUGGCUAGCGGCGCUGCUGUGCUGGGGCGCGCUGGCGGCGCUGGCUCUGCCGCGCUUGCAGCCGCUGCCCCCGCACCGCCCCGCGCCCCCCGCGCGGCUGUUGCUGCAGUCCGAGCCGCAGCCCGCCGUCUCCACGCCAGCGCCGACCCCCGCCCCGCAGCUGCCCGACACCGACCACCGCAUUAUUUCUGAAAAUGAAAUCCGCGCUGAUCUCGAGCGUCGUCUGCCCUCGCUACCUUAUGCCUACUGGCAUAAACACAAGGAUGACAAAAAUAAAUUCUUCAAGAAAAAAGACUGCGCUCCAUUCCCUUCCAUAUAUGAACUUCAAUUCCACAACACUUACUGGCAGAGCCUGUACUCGAGCCAGGGCGUCUUCCAUUUCUACGGCGCGUACAUGGACGCACGGAACGCAUCGCGCAUCGGGCGCGCCGUGAGGGUGCUCGGCGUGCACGACCGCAUCAAGCCGACCAUCGUCACGCACUGCCAGCUCUGGUUCGAGGAGCGCGCCGAGCCGGUACUGGUCCGGAAUCUCGAGUACAAGUACAUAUGGAAUAGCAAAUGGGGCAACUACCGCGACCAUGUACUGCAGCCCUAUUUGAUGGCGUGUGUGUUGCCGAAGGACGUUCAACAUCUGGUGCCAGCCUCUGUCUCCAUCGUGGAGAAUGCGUGCGACCGCGCCACCAACAAUCUGCGAGUGCACAACGACCGCCCAAAUCCCGUCCUCGGUCGGAAGGAAUUCGCGGUCUGCGUUAAAGGACUCGAUUUCUUACACGAAGAUCUUUCAGUCCGCCUAGUCGAGUGGAUAGAACUCAUUAAAAUCAUGGGAGCGGACAAAGUGUUCUUUUACGAACUGCAAGUGCAUCAAAAUAUUACUAAAGUAUUGGACUAUUAUAAAAAACAAGGUACGGUGACCGUGACGCCGAUUACGCUGCCGGGCGGCCAGCCGAACCUGCCCGGGCUACAGCACAUGUACCUCAAAUCGAAGACGACGCAUAAGCGUCAGAUGGAGCUGAUCCCAUACAAUGACUGCCUGUACCGACACAUGUACGAGUACCGCUGGUUGGCACUCCUCGAUAUCGACGAGGUGAUCGUGCCUUUGGAAGACGCGGAUUGGAGUUCGCUGAUGAAGCGUAUACUGCCGUUGUCGAAGCAGCCGUCUAGCAAACCGCCGCGGUCGUCCUACCACGCUUCAAACAUAUAUUACUUAGACUCGCUGCGCCACGAGCACGGCUGGGAGGAGGGCUUGCCGCGCUACAUGCACAUGUUGCAGCACGUGUACCGCACACGCAACUUCACGAAACCUGGUCAGUACGUGAAGGCAUUUCAUGAGACGGACCGAGUUCUGGCCCUCCACAACCACUUCCCGCUGGCGUGCCUCGGUGGUCCAUGCUCGUCUUACGCCCUGGAGACGAAGCACGCGCGUCUGCAGCACUACCGGGCCGACUGCGUGUCGGCGCUCAGCAAGACGUGCAAGGAGCUGCGCUCGGAGCCCGUGCGGGACACGACGCUGUGGCGCUGGCGGGACCCGCUCGUGUCCCGCACCGAGGCCGUGCUGCGCACGCUCGGCUUCCUCCCCCCGCACCGGUGACACACGCGCUCGCGCGCUUGCGACCCGCGCGAUUCCUACGCUUAGUCCUAAAUGUAUUAAAUGCUAGUAUUAAACGUAUUUUUAUAGUAUAA